AUGGACUCGCUGCCAGUUACCAACAAUACAGCUGGCGAGCCCGAGAGUUUGAUGAACAAGACCCUCGAAACUGGGGCAGCUGCCGUUCAGAAUUUUGAGCCUGUACAGAGAAUCUGCGCACAUCUGAACGCUUUCCACGCAUACGCAGACGAUCCAAAGCGAAAUGCCGUCGAGACAAACCAUUACUGCGCGCAUUUGAACGACGAUGUGCGGCAGUGCAUCUUGUACGAUUCGCCUGUGCAGCCAGCGCGUAUUAUCGGCAUUGAAUAUAUGAUUAAACCGCAUCUAUACGAGACCUUGGAUGAAGAAGAGCAGAAGCUGUGGCAUUCGCAUGUAUUCGAGGUCAAGUCCGGGAUGCUGAUUAUGCCGAAGCCCAAAGCGGUGCCAGAGGCUGCGUGGGAGCUCGCUGAAAAUAAGGAGAUGGAGGAAGUCGUCCAUCUCUAUGGCAAGAUCUAUCAUCUCUGGCAGACUGACAGAGGGGACAAGCUACCGCUUGGCCCGCCUCAGCUCAUGACAAGCUAUACAUCAGCUGAUCAGAUGCCGAACUUCGAGGAAGUUCUCGAUGACCGAGAUAAGCGGUUUGGAACGGACUACAAACGCAAGAAAGAAGUGCGCAAGUAUAUCGAGGUCCCGGACAUUCAUCCAAAUUCUGAUGCCACAUGGGCGAAGGGAGGCCUGGGACACAAUGAAUGA